GCGCAUGCGUACUUUGCCCCUCCUCGUGUUCAGUGUUCACUGAGCUUACAACUCCAUUUCUCCUCGCAUUUUCUCCCUCGAUUUCUCCACACUAUGGGUUCAGAUAAGAAGAGCAAGAAAGCAGUCAAGGGAGAAACGGAAGUGAAAAAGUCGAAGAAAUCCAAGAAGACCAAGGAUAGUGAUGAAGUAGCGGUGCCAGUUGUACCAGAGGUAGUCGAAACAGAUAAAAAGAAAAAGAAGAAGGCUAGCAAGAAGGUAGAAAAGCCUGCUCCUCCUCCCAAGAAGGCAGCUAAAGUAGAGGAAGACAGUUCCAGCAGCAGUUCUGAUGAAGAAAUGGAAACAGAAAAGAAUGCAAAGGCAGCUAAGCCUAAGAAGGUAGAGAAGGCAGCACCUCCACCGGCCAAGAGCAGUAAGAAGGCUGUCACCAAACCGAAAGAGGAAAGCUCUAGCAGCAGCUCUGACGAAGAAGAAGAAAUGGAGACAUCAAAGACAGUAGCUCCUCCCACUAAAGCUCCUCCCACUAAGAAGAAGGAUGACAGCAGUAGUAGCAGUGAUGAGGAUUCUGAUAGCGAAACUGCAGCUCCUCCUAAACCAGUUGCUAAACCUACUACUGCUACUAAAGACAGUGAUUCAUCUGAUGACUCAUCUUCUGAUGAUGAAAGUGCUGCGAAAGAGCAAACAGCUAAAGGUAAGAAGGCAAAGAAACCGGCAAAGAAAGAUGAUACUCCAUCAGCUAAAGAAACAGCAAAAAAGAAAAAGUCAGAGAAGGCAGCUCAGCCUCCCCCUCCAUCAAAGAAGGCUACUGGCAAGAGACCAGCAGCUGAAGAUGAUGAUAGCUCAAGCAAUAGUUCUGAUGAAGACAUGGAAGUGGCUAAGAUUGGAAAGAAAGCACCCCCAGCCAAGAAGAAGGAUGACAGUAGUAGUAGUGAUGAAGAAUCUGAUAGUGAAGAUACUACUCCUCCUAAACCGGUUGCUAAACCUACUCCUGCUAAAGACAGUGAUUCAUCUGAUGACUCUUCUUCUGAUGAUGAAAGUGAAGAGGCAAAGGAACCAGCUAAAGCCGCUGGUACUAAAAGAAAGCAGGAGGAAUCAGAGAGCGAGAGUGAUGAUGAUAGCAGUGAGGAGAGUGAAGCUGAUAAAGCUCCACAGGCCAAGAAAACGAAAAAAGCUGCAGAGUCUUCAAGUGAUGACAGUGAUGAGGACAGUGAUGAUGAAGAAGAAGACAAACCAGCUACCACUACUCCAUCAAAACCAAUCACCAAUGGAAAGGCUGAUAAUGAAGAGUGUUCGAUAUUUUGUGGUAAUCUUUCGUUUGACUGUGAUGAGGACUCACUGUAUGCAUUCUUUGAUGAUUCAGGAUUCAAGCCUAGCUCUGUUAGGAUCAUAAUGCGUGAUGGCCGACCCAAAGGGUUUGGGUAUGCUGACUUCUCAAGCAAGUCAGUGGCUCAAAAUGCCAUCAAGACCCUGUCAGAGACUGAUCUAUUAGGAAGGAAUGUGAGACUGGAUCUGGCCAACAGUCGCAGUAACAGCAGUACUACACCAAGAGGUGGAUUUGGUGGUAGAGGGGGGCGUGGCACUCCAAGAGGGCGUGGUGGUACACCAGGAGGUGGUAACAGAGAUCGUCCUCCUAACAGUACCCUAAUGGUCUUUGGUUUAAACAAGGACACUGAACCGUUUGAACUCCAGAAUGUCUUUACUGACAGCAAUGAUGUGUAUUUACCUAAAGACAGGGAGACAGGAGAGAAAAGAGGGUUUGGAUUCAUUCGUUUUGAUGACAUUGAUACUGCUACUAAAGCCCUCAAGCAGCACAAUGGGAUUACAAUUGAUGGUCAGACCAUAGAGCUACGUUAUGCUGAGGACAGGGGGCCCCCCAGUGGGGGGAGAGGACCACCCAGUGGGGGGAGAGGAGGAGGAAGAGGUCGUGGAGGAAGAGGAGGUAGAGGAGGAGGAGGUCCAUCAGCCUUCAGAAAAGGCUCAAUACAAGAGUUCAAGGGAUCAAAAAUAUCUUUUGAUUGAUAAUAAUUAUAAUAAUAAUAAACUUUAAUUUCUUAAUCAUUCUUAUCGAGUGUAUUAUUAUGUAAAUAAAAGUUUUUUCUAUUG